AUGUGUGACCUGUAUCUGCUGCUCCAUAAUGAUAUGUUGGUGAUCGCAGCUCGCUGGUCGCUGUGUUAUCACGAGAGGCGCGCCCCGCCGGGUGCGAGCGCUAGUGUUGUCUACAUCGUGACCACAUAUACACCGUCAGGAGCGAGCGGUGAACAGUCAGCCGCGGACAGGCGCCAGGCACCGGCGUGUGGGCUGUGGCGCGGACACAGACCACAGACCGACUACCGAGUGGACAGAGUCAGAGUGUUGUGUGUCGAGAGAUCAAAUCGUUUCUUUACACCUGCACUGACUCUAGAGCACACGUAUGAAUGUGUCAGAAUAUACAUGAUACUGGACCUGGAGGGUAACGUAACGUGUGAUGAGGAUCUAUAA